AUGAAGUUGGCUGUUGAUAGGGAUAUACUCCUUACAACUCAGAGCCGUCUUCAAAGGGAAAUUUCUGAAAUCAAUAUUGAUCCAAGUGGCUUGCCUCAUGCGCAGAACAUCUUUGCCGAUUUUGAAUCCAAGAUUACAGGUGGAACUGUUUCUGCCGAUCAGUUGGCCUUUAUUGAGAAUCAAAUCAACUUAAUUAAAAGGCUGUCUGGCAUGAAGGCGAAGCUUGCAGAACAGCAGAAGAAAACUGGGAAAUAUGCUAGUGAACUCAAGGACAUUAUGAAGGAGCUCACAUCCCUUUAUACCUGGGUCGUUCAGCCUCGCUCUCACAUGAGCCAGCAGGAGACAACCCAGUUUAGUGCAGAGACAACUCGCCUGGCCCUGCUGGGCAACUGGUACAUCAUGAAAACCCAAAUAGAGAACAGCGGGGGGACCUUGUCCCCCGAAUUAUCAGAUUGGUUUGAUUGCGUGAAAACCCUACUGUGUGACAAGAAACCACUUUCUCCAGAAAGAGAGGCAAAAGUGAAGAGAAUAUACUAUGAUGUGAAGCAGGCCUGUCCAGCCUCGGGACUAGGAAUCACAGACACAGAACGCCAGGAAAUUGUUAAAGCCAUGGACCUGACCCAAGGGCAUUGGUUUAAGUGUCCAAAUGGUCAUGUGUACGCAAUCGGAGACUGUGGUGGCGCCAUGGAAGAAGCAACAUGUCCUGAGUGUAAGGCUUGUAUUGGCGGACAGAGUCAUCGACUUCGGGAUGACAAUCAGUUGGCUGGAGAAAUGGAUGGGGCUCGACAUGCUGCGUGGUCAGAGGCAGCAAACUUGGCAAAUUAUGAGGGAUUUUGA